UUCUCCAGUUUCCAGACUUCACCGUUUUCUUUUACCUGCUUAUAAAUACCAGCCUUGUGCCCCAUGAGUUUGGGGACAAGGCCACGGAGGCAGCCGGCCAAGUAUUGGCUCUCAGCAGCACCACAGACCUUCCCACCCCCUUCUCUUUUCUCAGCACACCCCUGUCCAGGGCUUCCAACCUGGAAGCUGGAUUUGGACGUUCUCAGCCUCAGUGCUUCAUCAUCCCCACCCACUGCAUGUGGCUCUUGGAGAAAGCCGGCUACAGGGCAGAGACCGGGGCGAGGCAGGCGCACUCCAGCCUGGUCCCCAGGCGCCGGGCCCCACGCUCGCCCUCGCACUGCAACCCUAACAUCCUCACCCCGGACCGCAUCCCGCAGUUCUUCAUCCCGCCUCGGCUCCGGGACCCCAGCGGCGCCGAGGCCAAGGUGGACCGCAACCUGGGCGGCCGGAACCUCCCCGCCACCUGCUCGCUGCCGCACCUGGCGGGCCGCGAGGGCUGGGCCUUCCUGCCCGAGAGCCCGCACACGCGCCGCCGGGAGUCCCUGUUCCACGUGCCGCGCGGCCUGGCUGCAGGUCUAGCCCCGGCGCAGUCGCGGCUGCACGUCUCGGCCCCGGACCUCCGCCUGUGUCGGGCCCCUGACAGCGACACGGCCUCGUCGCCCGACUCGUCUCCCUGCGGCUCCCCGCGCACGCCUUGGCCGCACUCCUUGUCCCCCGACGAGACUGGCUCGGCAGACACCAGCCCGUACGCGGCGCGCCGCACGCCGCCGCUCUUCCACCUGGACUUCCUCUGCUGCCAGCUGCGGCCCAUCAAGGACAGCGUGCUGCGCCUGGAGCCCCGCGGCGGGCAGCUGCGCCUGUCCACCGAGUACCAGGCGGGGCCCGGGCGCCUGCGGCUGCGCCUGGUGAGCGCCGAGGACCUUCCUCGGCCGCGGGCCCGCCCCGGGAGCGGCGGCGGCGGCUGCUGCGUGGUGUUGCGGCUGCAGCCACGCGUUAGGCCGCGAGCUCAGCGGAGCCGCGUGGUCCAGGGCAGCUCCAACCCGAUCUUCAAUGAAGAUUUCUUCUUCGAAGGGCUGGGCCCGCCAGACCUGGCCGCCCGCAGUCUGAGGGCCAAGGUGCUGGAUAGGGGCGCGGGGCUGCGCAGGGACGUGCUGCUGGGGGAGUGUGAGACGCCCCUCGUCGCCCUGCUGCCCCCACUGGCUGGGGGUCUAGGCCCAGGGUCUUCCCUGGCACCUGCACAUCUCAGCCUGUAGACUGACACCACAGCUUCCUUGGCCCCCACUGUGUCUGCAGCCCUCAUUCUUGUCAUCUGCCCAACGUGUAUUUAUUUUUGUUAAUAAAACAUCAGUUUGUCUCUAA